GAGCAACAAAAUAACGGAAAUGUAGCGACAAAGUAACCGCGCUUUGAGACCAGCAACACAACUGACUUUUUACUUCAGUAACUCUAUAAAGACAAUGGAGUAUAAGUUGUACUUGCAAAGCAAGAGUACAAUUCCAAGUAGCACUAAAAGAAGAUGGAGUGAUUGCCAUAAAGGUUUUAGGAAAAAGCAAUAUAAAGCAUGGUUGCAAGAUCCAGUUCGUCAAGAUGACACAUCUAACAGUGAAGAUGAGAACAGUUCCUCAUGCUAUAAGACCGAAACAGCACCACAUCAUACCUCAGAUGACACAUCUAACAGUGAAGAUGAAAACAGUUCCCCAUGCUAUGAGACUGACACAGAAUCAUAUCAUACCACAGACGACACAUCUGACAGUGAAGAAGAGGAUUGGAACCAACUCGGCACAACACAAAACUAUACCAUGCAGGGAGAAUCUGACAGUGAAAAUGGACCACAAAACUGGCAUAUGACAACCCCUGAGGACAACACAAUGGAUGCUGAAGCAUAUGACAACACACAGAAUUAUGAUGGAGAGAACCCCAAAACAACACAAGACAAGAUCUAUCCCACUGCUAAGAUUAGUAAUGAAGAAUCACAACUGGCAAUUUUAUGCUAUGCUCUUAGGCACACCACAACAAAAUCCGCUCUUGGUGACUUAUUAGACCUAAUUAAUCUACAUUGCCCAGAAGGAACCAACGGAGCACCAAAUAGUCUUUACACGUUCUUGAAGGAAUUUGAUUAUAAUUCAUUUGAAAUAGUGUACAUCUGCCCCACAUGUCAUCAAUACUUUGGUAAUGAAAUCCCAGCAAAUUGUGAUUCAUGUGGUUUUGAACCAGGGGAUAAGAACUCUCUUAUUAAAUCUGGUGACGUUUUCAUGAAAUUGUCCAUAAGAAAACAAUUGGAAGACAAAAUGUCAGAUUCUACAUUUACAGCAGCACUGAAUUACAAGUGGACCAGAGUCAAAAGCAGUCCAGACAGUGUUCAAGACAUAUUUGAUGGUGAAAUGUAUAAAUCAGUAGGUCCCUGA